ACGUGGCUCGCGCCGCGGUGAGCGAGCGGAAAAAAAAAAUCCCACAUUUAUUCCAAACAAUUGGAUGGUGGAGGGCUGUUAGAUUUUUUGUGGGGCGACCUCAAGUUUUCACACAAAGUGUGUAGCUGAGCUUCACCUUCCACUAUUCACCGGCUCAUGAAUAUGAAUUAAGUGGAAGACUUGAAAUAAAACCGUCGCGCCAGUGACUUGAGGUUCUACUGCCAUUUGACAUAGACGAGUGAAAGCAACACUGUGAGACAGUCUGUUAUUUAAAACCAAGUCUUCAUUUUAUUUCGUUGUAUUUUUUGAAUUCUCAGCAUGGCCCUGAGAGGAUCGCUGUCCAGAUUAUUGAGGUCCACGUUUAGUUUUUGUCAACAGAACCGAUCGCAUUCUGUCGCGAUUUUGGGUGCUCCGUUUUCCAAAGGGCAGAAAAGGAGAGGGGUGGAGCAUGGACCCAAAGCAAUUCGGGAUGCGGGUUUGGUGGAUAGACUUUCAAAUCUUGACUACCCCUUGCAUGACUUCGGAGACCUGAGCUUCCAGCACCUGGAUAAGGAUGAGCACUUUAUGCAUGUCCCAUUCCCACGCACAGUUGGACGAGCCAAUCAGCUUCUGUCUGGAGCUGUGAGCGGCGCAGUGGGGGCAGGACACACCUGCAUCAUGCUGGGGGGAGACCACAGUUUAGCAAUUGGUUCUGUGGAAGGCCACACCCAGCAGUGCCCUGACCUGUGUCUGAUCUGGGUUGACGCCCAUGCAGAUGUCAACACACCUCUGACUUCACCUUCUGGAAACCUCCACGGCCAGUCUGUGGCAUUCAUGCUUAAGGAGUUGCAGGACAAGAUGCCGGAAGUUCCUGGAUUUUCCUGGAUGAAGCCUUUCCUGGCGGCCAGAGAUCUGGUCUACAUCGGCCUUAGAGAUGUUGAUCCAGGAGAGCAUAUAAUUCUGAAGAACCUUGGAAUUCAGUACUUUUCCAUGCGUGACAUUGACAGAAUGGGCAUUCAAAGAGUAAUGGAGGUCACACUGGAUCACCUCCUGGCAAGGAAGCAAAGGCCCAUCCACCUGAGCUUUGAUAUUGAUGCAUUUGACCCCUCCCUGGCUCCUGCCACUGGAACUCCGGUUAAUGGAGGAUUGACCUAUAGAGAAGGCAUCUACAUCACAGAGGAGAUCCACAACACAGGUUUACUGUCUGUGAUGGAUUUGGUUGAAGUGAACCCCACACUGGGAGCAACACCUGAGGCUGUUGAGGCCACAGCUAGCCUAGCUGUUGAUGUCAUUGCUUCCGCUCUCGGUCAGACUCGUGAGGGUGCACAUGUCGCCUUCCAGAAGAUUCCAGAACCAAAAGAGGACACUGAGCUACGGCUGUGAAGCACGUUGACUUUGACAAAAUACUAUGAACCACUUUUGAGGACUUUGACAAAUGAACCACUUUGCAUUCCACUAAAAAAACAAAAACAAUGAAAGGUUUGCAGAGACUAAGCCCCAGACUAAAACUUUAAUAUGAAGGUUAAUGUAGUCUAGGUCAAAACAAAAAUCCUCACUGGUAAAUUUGUUGCAUUAACUGCAUGGGUGACAUUUGUUGUGUUCUUCUAAUUAGCCCUAGGAGGGCUAAGCGCACAAAACUACCACUCAUUUCAGCUACGCUAAAAAAAAAAAAAAAAAUGGUUUCUCUGUGUUCACUCUGAGAGAUCAUUACUAAAGAAAAAAGGUGACAAAAAAAAACAAAUGUGUAAAGAAAUCUUUUUGAAGGCUGAAGUGACUCUUGACUGUGGGUGGAAUUUAGUGGCACACGGAAUUGUCCUUAAAUUUAAGCACUUUUGGACCAGAUCUGGUUUUUAUUGUAUUUGUUUGUGGUUUUUUUUAUAUUCUUCUCAUCAUAGGAGCUAUUUUAAGGGCUAAUCUAAUCCAAGAUUUGGUUAAAACUGAGUGAUUUUAAAGUAAGUUAUUUGAAUAUGCUUAAUAUUUAAACCUAGUAUUUCUUUGAAAAUCUGGAUACAAUUCAUGUAUGAAUAAUAUAUUUUGUACACAAGAUUUGAUUGCACCACCAGUAACAGUAUCUUUUUAAGGAAGUGUAGUUUGAUUUGUUGCAUUUUCCUAUUUCUCAAAAUGUUUUGUUGCAAUAAACUAUUGUACUGGAGACAGAU